CUAGCUAAACUGGUUUGAAGCGCGGGUGGCAGCGGCAAAACUGCAUCGCUUGCUUGUAGUCGAUUAAUUUUUGUAUAAAUAUCAAGCUCGAGUGGUGAAAAUUAAACAAAAUGUCCAAAUUCAAUUUCGGAACUCCUACAACAACAAAUGCUAGUACGCCUGGCUUUGGUUUUGGUACACAACCGGCUGCACAACCUGCAACUGGGUUUGGUUCAACGUUUGGUGCCGCACCUGCUCAACCUGCGGGUGCAACCACAUUUGGUGGAACACCAACUCAAGCUCCACCAUCGUUUGGUGCAGCAACUGCCCAGCCUGCAGGUUCAACAUUAUUUGGUUCUACGCCUGCUCAGCCAGCAGCAGCCGCAACUACACCAAGUUUAAACUUUAGUUUUGGAAAUAAUGCAGCAGCUCCAAGUACACAAGCUGGAACUUUGACAUUGGGUGCUGCUGCAGCCUCUAGUGGAGGUCUAUUUGGUAAUACCAGCCUACUUGGACAACCACAACAACAGCAGCAACAGCAACAGCAACAGCAGCAACAACAGCAACCACAACAGCAACAACAACAGCAACAAAAUACUAAUAUAUCCUUUGGAACACCAACAGCGGCUAAACCUCUGUCUUUUGGUCUUGGUUCCAACACUCCUAACACUGGCUUAGGAGGCACUGGAACAAGUUUAUCGUUUGGUGCUACUGCUACAACUACAACUAGUUUAUCUUUUGGAACAACCACUGCAACUAGUACCAGUGGCGGCUUAAAUUUUGGAGCUGCUCCAGCUAGUGGAGGAUUAACCUUUGGUACUACAAGUACAGCUGCUCCUGCUUCUUCAACUAGUACUAAUUUCAGUUUUACAGCUGCAACUCCUGCUACAACUUCAACAUCACUUUUUGGUUCAAACACGGGUGGCCUUUUUGGAGCAAAAUCGACAGCUACUGCAUCGCUUACUACAUCAACUACAACUACAUCUACGAAUCGUGGAUUAGGCGGUUUAGAUGUUUCAGUUACAAAUAAAGGACUUACUCAAGGCAGUACCACUCCCACAGUUGCCAAAGAAAACCCUUUGCCCAACGAACUAAUGCAAACUAUUGAUGGUUUCAAAGAAUUUGUCAAAACGCAAAAAGGAUUAUCUUCCGAUGUAGCCCGCGGCUCGUCGCGUCCUCUGAAUCGUUGUGCCGAAGACACAGCCUCGCUGAUGGAGCUCCUCACCACUUUGGCGGGCUCGGUACAGCGCGACAGAUCUCUGGCUGACAAAUUGAAGCAGGAUACGGCUAGGGCUCUGCAAAACGCCGAAAUAGCCCAACGCACUCAUGACACGCCUGCCGGCUUGCAGUACGAAAAUAACGCGCCUCUUGUAUUUUUCCUUGAAUUGGCUGAAAAUUUCGAAAACGAUCUGAUGCUGUUUAAAUCCCAGAUCGAGAGCACGGAAAAGCACAUACAAACUAUGAUGUCACCAAAGACCCUCACGCCACAAGAACUCACGACGGCAAUGAGUAAAUUACACGAUUCACUUGUGGCCGUUGCUGGAAAAUUACAAGGAGUUCAUUCAAAAGUGCAACAGCAAAAGGAACAAUAUCUGAACAUUAGGAAAUAUGUACUAAAAGAUUGCACCAAUGUGUUUGAUGAUAUCAAUAGUUCCAAUGGAAAAGUAAACAGAACUAGUUUUGGAAAAGUAACCAGCGGGCCUACACCGUUCGGUCCAGGAACAAACAGAAGUUUUCUAUCUUCGACCACAAUGAAUACAACGCAACCUCCGGCCUAUGGAACACAAAAUACUUUGGGAUGGGGCAGCAGCGGCAACGCGACGACCGGCGGCUUAUCUCAACCGCCCACGCAGGGCUUGACCUUCAAUUCUCCGGUUAAUCUGACAGCGCCUCUUUCCACUGGAGGGGAUAUAAAUUCGAGUUUUCAACUACAAAAACCGCCCACAGGCAAUAAGCGCGGCAAGCAUUGAUUAGAAAAUUCAAGUGAAAGCGUAAAAAAAAAAUGACUAAUUGCUUCGUAUCGAAAGUGAAAAGUGGAUUUUUUCCUAAUACAAAUGUAGUCUGAAAUGAAUGUUGUAAGUUUUUUUUCUUUUAUAUUUAUUCAUGUAUCUUAGUAGAUAGUAAUUUUUGUAAGAUAUGUGUUCAUCUUGUAUUAUUCUUUCUGAAAAAAAAGUUUGUAAAGAUGUUUUUGUUAUACCUGAAUCAUGAAUUUUUCUGAUUCGAAUCAGGAAUAUUGUACGUAAUGAAGCGUUGAAUUAUUGUACUUUUAUAAUGUUGUAAGGUACAAUUGCGGUACUUGUUGAAAUAGGAUAUAAAUAUAUAUAUAUUUUUUCUAUGGAAAGAUGAAGAAUAAAUCGGUGAUCGUAAAUAAAUUAA